CUCAGAAAGUCAGAACUAGAACUUUAUUAUUUGAAAUUCCAAUUUUUUUUACUCGCUAAUGAGUUUAUCUUUAUUAUUUGAAGGAAGACAAGAAUACUCAAUAACCCUUUUCUUCUGAGCAAUGUUGUUUCAGCAGGGAGUGUUAAUUUUUUAUCACCAUAAGAGGUUUCAUUUGGGGUGAGAUUUUGCAGGAUCAAGUUUGGCCUUUUAUUUCUUUAAUGCACAGUGGUGACGAUGAUGAUGAUGGAAAUAACAUGCAUGAUGAUUAGUUGAUGGCUUUAAUCUUUUGCUCUCGAGUGCCAUCCUAUGUUGGUGUGCGGACCAUUUAUAACAUUGAUUCCCUUGAAAUCUGAUCUGGCUUGUCUUUUUCAUUUUCUUCAGGACCAAUUUUCACCCACCACUUCACAUUUGCUUGCUUUGUCUUUGUGGGUGCUUGUUAUCAAAUAUCCAUAGCUUAAAGAAACCGCCUUUUGGAAUCAGAAUUGUUUUUUUUUCCUAGUUUUCUUUCUGGGGGGAGGGGGAAUAAUAACCUGAUAUUGAAAUGCUUUCUGGUGAGCUUAGGAGAUGAAUGGUAUAGAAUUGUAGGGUUGUGUUGGGGUUAAGAAAAUGGGAUCUCAAGGUGGGGCAGUUCAAGAGGCAAACACUACUACCCCUUUGGUUAGGCAAGGAUCCUUGUACAAUCUGACCCUAGAUGAGGUGCAUAACCAGAUUGGGAAUUUGGGGAAGCCACUUGGCUGCAUGAAUCUUGAUGAGUUGCUGAAGAGUGUGUAUAGUGCUGACAUGCAGGAUGGCCAAGCUGCUUCAGAUUCCUCUCUGAAUCCUCAGGGCAGUCUAACUUUGUCAAGGGAUCUUAGCAGGAAAACUGUUGAUGAGGUGUGGAGAGAUAUGCAACUGAAGAAGGAUGAGAAAACCCAGAAAAGAAAGCCUACACUUGGUGAGAUGACUCUGGAGGACUUCUUGGUGAAAGCUGGAGUGUUUGCUGAUUCAAAUGGAGGUUCCUCACAGCAUGGUCAUUGGAUGCAAUACCAGCAUUCUUCAGUGCAGCAUCAGAAUAUGGUUGGGGGUUAUGUGGCUGGCCAUGCCAUUCAGCAGCCUUUUGUUCUUGAUGCAUCAUACUCUGAGCCAGCUUCUGUAAUAGGAGCUUUAUCUGAUACACAAACUCCCUGUCGAAAAAGGCUUGCCUCUGGUGAUGUGGUAGAGAAAACUGUGGAGAGGAGGCACAAGAGAAUGAUUAAAAAUAGAGAAUCUGCUGCUAGAUCUCGGGCAAGAAGACAGGCAUACACACAAGAACUGGAGAUUAAAGUUAAGCAGUUAGAAGAGGAGAAUGAAAGGCUUAGAAGACUGAAUGAGAUUGAGAAGGCAUUGCCAUCUGUGCCACCACCUGAGCCUAAACAACAGCUACGCAGAACUAGUUCAGCCAUCUUUUAAUAUCUUCAUUGCAAUGAAUUCUCAAUUCUUUUUCAUG